AAAAAAAAAAGAAGGAUCAAGGAUGGAUUCGGACACUGUCACUGAGGUUCGCAUAUUAUCUCUAAUCGAGUCCUCCUCCGACGCCGGAGAAGUUUUAUCUUCCCUCUCAGCAUACCUCCGACCAAUCUCAGGCCUAUUGACAUACCGGGAGGAGCACAAAACCCUAGCCGCUCGAUCCUUGGCGAAGCGGUUCGUCCCUUUCCUCAUCAAAACCGUCUCUUUCCUGCAUAAGCGCCUCUCAGUCACUGGCCCUGCCAACGAAUCCCUAGGGGAUUUGUUCCGCGCCUAUGACUACUGUUUGGAAUGCUGCGAACUUCUCUCCCACGAUCCUCACGCCGUCCAGCUUCACAGAAUCGGGCUGAUUCAGUGUUACCAGGCCUGGGGUUGGUUCACUCACGCUUACAACGAUGCUUUUAGAGUCCUCGAGCAGGUUAUAGGACCCAAGACCAGAUGGGUACAGUUUUUGCCAAAUCCUCCCGAGUUUGGAGGAGAUAAGCUAGCAAAAGUCGUCUUCAUGGUUGUGGAAUCCAUCUUCAGGUCUGUUGCAAUGUCUCGGGAUAUGGAGCGUCGCCACUACACGAGGGUCUUUGAGAUUCUAGAUAGGGAGAUAAAACCCUGGCUCAGGUAUUUGGAUGCCAAUGCACAGGACAAGUUUCUCACGCAGGUCUUGUCAGAUAUGGGAAAGUGUGCUCUCUCCAUAAUUAGAGAAGCAGAGCGUUUCAAUGAUAUUUAUGUGCAUUCUUUCUGCAUCUCUGCACUGAAGAAAUAUUCUGUAUUCCCGUUGCCAAAAUGUCAUUUUUAUAAGUUUUCCCUGCAGGUGCUUUCUUUACUGUUUCUGUCCAAGGAGACAAAAACAUUACCAACCGUUAAAAUUGGGAUGUCUGUGUUGAGAACUGUGGCAUCUCAAUUCCAGGUUGAACCUAAAGCAAAUUGGUUGGAGCUUCUUGACGUAGUCUCCUCUUGUGUUCAUAAGUCUCAGUUAGCAGGAGACUUAUGGUGUGCAGGAGUUUCAAAACAGUUGAAUGAGAUAGCAGCUGUUAUCUCUGUGGCUAUGCCACAAGAAAAUGUGAUCCUAAGACUUUAUUCAGCUGGACUGUCCGUCAGUGCAUUUGAUGUUAAGUUGAGAGAAAAUGGUGAAGAGCCCAUGGAAAUUAGUUCAGGACUUAGAGCUUUACUUGGUAACGAUGAUAUAUGGAAAAGCGUAGGUUCUUUAUUUCGUAUGAUUGACCAUUACCCUGGUGAUGAUAACACCACAUCGAGUAAUGGAAAGAAGAAAACUAAUGUUAGGGGUAAACAACAAAAAUGCACGAUGGAAUACACGCUACCUUACCUUGAUGCUCUGAAAUCUUUGUGCCAGCCGCUUGCCAGCUUAAUAAAUUCUGAGAACAUGAAAAAGAUGGUCCUGGAAAUAGAAUUUGCUUCUGGUCAGCUAUCUGUUAUACAGGAUCUGUUUCUCCAAUUUUCCAAUUGUUUACGCUUCCUUAAGAGACGGACCCUUGACAAGGAAUGUCUUGGGACUGACUUUGACAAGACUCUGCUAAACGUGGCUAUAGCUGCUUUUAUUAUUUCGACGAGAUCCCAACGUAAAGUAGAGGUCACUAACAGACUAGUUGAGGAUGUAAUUGCUAGUCCGGGGAUUUCACCUCCCGAGCUCAAAUAUCUACUUGCUUCAUUUCACGAUAUUGGUUUAGAGUUGUACAAUAUUAAUCAUCUAAAAGAGGCUUCUACGGCGUUCAAAUUAUGUAUCAAAACAGUGUGGACUUGUGUUAGACUCCUCUUUCAUAUAUAUGUAAAUGAGUCUGACGACCUAUCUGAGGGUUCUCUGCCCGGAGAAGCAGUCAUAGAUUUUGUGAGUGACGCAUGUAGCAAAUCUGAAUUUUAUCUGGAUGUUCUCCAGCAGCAACAUGGUACAGGAGAAAUCGAGAAUUUGCUUGUGUUUGUUUUAGAAAAUUGGUCUGCAGCUGAAGACAUCUUCAAAAAGUUGCCAGACCCUACGCCCAUAAUCAAACAAUGGGUUAAGAUACAACACAGACAUAAAUUUCAUAAGAGAGAGAGAGUUGGAACGUUCAUGGCUGAUACUUGCGAUGGCGAUGCUUGCACUAUGCAGUUCUUGAUAACUGCUAUCAAAAAGAAGAAGCAAAAGACUUGUAGCAAAAUAUAUACUCAUGAAGCUUAAUCGAAUCUAUUCUUCCAGAAAUUUUUGAUGUUUUCUUUGUAAUAGAUAUCAUAUCAUAGGAGGCUCGGUUGUUUAAGUUAUGAGAAUGAAACCUAGGGAAACAUUUGUAGAUCCAACAAUUUUAUUCAUUAGCUCACAAAGAAUUCGAUAGUUACUAGUUUGAAUCUUUGUUAUUA